UUAGGCCCUAGGCCCAACAAUUUUUAGUUUUUAAUUAUUUUGUUUUUUUAAUAUAUGCAUUUAGAACAGAUCAAAGGCCAUGGUUCAAAGUUUAUGUAUACAACAUUUGAGAGUCUAGGGUUUUCGGUACAACAGGAUAGUGGAUUAGGACUAGCCCAAGGGACUUAAUCAAUUUACCCUACUGUUUCUUCUUUUAGAUCUAGAUCUAGAUCUAGAUCUACUUCUAGUUUCAGGCUAUGAUCACAUUGAUAAAUUAAUAUUUAAAAAAUAUCACCAAGUGGCAAGUAGGCCUAAUUCAUAAUUAAAAUUAAUUGAUUAUGGUGGUUUACAUUGUAAUGGGUGUUAGCGGCUGUGGAAAAUCAACAAUCUCAAAAGAAUUGUCUAUGCAGCUUCAUUGUGUUUAUAGAGAUGCAGAUGAAUUUCACAAUGAAAAUAAUAAACAGAAAAUGUCUCAAGGAAUAGCAUUAACAGAUGAGGACAGACAUCCAUGGUUGGUGGCUAUACAUACAUACAUAGAAAGUUUACUUGUGGCUAAAACUACCGGAAUUGUGGCCUGUUCUGCUUUAAAACAAAAGCACAGAGAUACUCUAAUAUACGGUGAUAAAACAAAUCAAAAUCUCCCAAACUGGUGUAAGGAUAUCACAUUUAUUUAUUUAAAAGGCACAGAAGAAACAAUUAGAAGUAGAUUAAUUCAAAGAAAAGGUCAUUUUAUGCCGGCAUCCUUGCUGCAGUCCCAACUAGCAACACUUGAGGAACCUACAGAGGCAGAAAACCAUAUCACAGUUAGCAUUGACCAGUCAGUUGAUGGAAUAGUUAAUGAUAUAUUAAGGUACAUUCAUGAAUAAAAGAAAUAUGUUUUGUGCUAUAAAUAAAACAUUUUAGAUACAGGU